UGUUGAAGAAUAGCGCACUCUCGGUUAUGUCUAUUUUUCAACUUCAAUGUGCUAUCUUCACCACCUUGCUACGGAAAUACAGAUCGGGUAUGAAAUCAGAAGUAGGCAUAUUCUUCCCCAUGCUUGUCCUCCGUGUUCUUGAAAAUGUUCUUCAGCCAAGUUUCCUGCAGAAAAUGACCGUGCUCAGCUUACUUGAGAACAUUUGCCACGAGCCAAACCUAAUCAUUGACAUAUUUGUCAACUUUGACUGUGAUGUGGAGUCACCAAACAUCUUCGAAAGGAUUGUCAACGGUCUUCUAAAAACUGCUUUAGGGCCUCCUCCUGGUUCGUCGACAACUUUGUCCCCAGUCCAGGAUAUUACUUUUCGGCAUGAAUCAGUGAAGUGCUUGGUUAGCAUUAUUAAGGCAAUGGGAACAUGGAUGGACCAACAAUUGAGCAUGGGCGAAUCACUUCUGCCUAAGAGCUUAGAAAAUGAAGCACCUGUAGACAGUCAUUCUAGCCCAAAUGAAGAAGACGGGACAACUACAGAUCAUGACUUCCACCCAGAUUUGAGUUCAGAGUCAUCAGAUGCUGCAACUCUUGAACAAAGGAGGGCAUACAAAAUUGAACUCCAGAAAUGCAUCACUCUAUUCAAUAGAAAGCCGUCAAAGGGUAUUGAGUUUCUUAUAAGCUGUAAAAAGGUUGGCAACUCCCCAGAUGAGGUGGUGUCGUUCCUGAGAAAUACCACAGGCUUGAAUGCUACCAUGAUUGGUGAUUAUUUGGGUGAAAGAGAGGAGUUUCCAAUGAAAGUUAUGCAUGCCUAUGUGGACUCGUUUGAUUUCAAGGAGAUGAAUUUUGGUGAGGCAAUUAGGUUUUUCUUAAAGGGGUUCAGGCUUCCUGGGGAAGCGCAGAAAAUUGACCGCAUAAUGGAAAAGUUUGCUGAACGCUUUUGCAAAUGCAAUCCAAAUUCAUUCAGCAGUGCUGACACAGCAUAUGUUCUUGCAUACUCUGUGAUAAUGCUUAACACUGAUGCCCACAAUAUCAUGGUUAAAGAGAAGAUGACCAAGGCUGAUUUUAUCAGAAAUAACCGAGGCAUUGAUGAUGGCAAAGAUCUACCAGAGGAGUAUCUUGGUGCGCUUUAUGACCAAGUUGUCAUAAAUGAAAUAAAGAUGAGUUCUGAUUCUUCUGCCCCAGAAAGCAGGCAGUCCAAUGGCUUGAAUAAACUACUGGGUCUGGACGGUAUACUCAAUCUGGUUUAUUGGACACAGACAGAAGAAAAGGCAGUCGGGGCUAAUGGUCUUCUUAUAAAGCAUAUUCAAGAAAAGUUCAGGUCGAAGUCUGGAAAAUCAGAAUCAGCUUACCAUGUCGUUACAGACGUUGCAAUAUUGCGUUUUAUGGUUGAAGUUUCAUGGGGACCAAUGCUUGCCGCAUUCAGCGUGACACUUGAUCAGAGUGAUGACAGGCUUGCUGCAGUUGAAUGCUUACGAGGCUUUCGGUACGCCGUUCAUAUUACAGCAGUUAUGGGUAUGCAAACGCAAAGAGAUGCAUUUGUCACUUCCAUGGCCAAGUUCACAAAUCUCCAUUGUGCAGGAGAUAUGAAGCAAAAGAAUGUCGAUGCUGUUAAAGCCAUCAUAUCAAUUGCCAUUGAAGAUGGUAAUCACUUGCAAGAUGCUUGGGAGCAUAUUUUGACUUGUCUUUCUAGAAUAGAGCACUUGCAAUUAUUGGGCGAGGGUGCUCCAAGUGAUGCAUCUUAUUUUUCCUCAUCCGAGACGGAAGAGAAGAAAGCCUUGGGAUUUCCUAACUUGAAGAAAAAAGGAGCCCUCCAGAAUCCGGUGAUGAUGGCUGUUGUUCGAGGGGGCACAUAUGAUAGCAGUGCAAUUGGACCAAAUAUUCCAGGGCUUGUGAAGCAGGACCAGAUCAAUAACUUCAUUGCAAACUUGAAUUUGCUUGACCAGAUCGGGAGUUUUCAGUUGAAUAAUGUAUAUGCUCAUAGCCAGCGGUUGAAGACUGAAGCCAUAGUAGCAUUUGUUAAAGCUCUAUGCAAAGUCUCUAUGUCAGAACUACAGUCUCCUACGGAUCCUCGAGUAUUUAGCCUCACAAAAUUAGUUGAGAUCGCCCACUACAACAUGAACCGCAUCAGGCUAGUCUGGUCUCGCAUAUGGAGCAUCCUGUCAGAUUUUUUUGUAUCUGUUGGCUUGUCGGAGAAUCUUUCUGUUGCAAUAUUCGUUAUGGAUUCACUACGACAACUUUCUAUGAAGUUCUUGGAACGUGAGGAGCUGGCUAACUACAACUUCCAGAAUGAAUUUCUUCGACCAUUUGUCAUUGUUAUGCAAAAAAGCAGUUCUGCUGAAAUAAGAGAACUAAUAGUUCGGUGCAUUUCUCAAAUGGUACUCAGCCGUGUCAGUAAUGUAAAAUCAGGGUGGAAAAGUGUUUUCAAGGUUUUCACAACCGCAGCAGCUGAUGAAAGGAAGAACAUUGUGUUGCUGGCCUUUGAGACAAUGGAAAAAAUUGUCCGAGAGUAUUUUUCAUAUAUCACAGAGACGGAGGCAACAACCUUUACUGAUUGUGUUAGAUGCCUCAUAACUUUCACAAACAGCAAAUUCACCAGCGAUGUUAGCCUGAAUGCUAUUGCAUUUCUACGAUUUUGUGCCCUAAAACUUGCAGAAGGAGGCCUUGUGUGGAAUGAGAAGGGUAGGUCCAGCAGUCCCAGUAUUCCAGUAACUGAUGACCAUGCACCAAAUACCCAAAAUUUUAUGGAUGCAGAUGAAAACAUAUCAUAUUGGGUUCCUUUACUCACAGGAUUGUCUAAGCUAACUGCUGAUUCCAGAUCAGCAAUCCGUAAAAGCUCCCUGGAAGUGCUCUUUAAUAUUUUAAAGGAUCAUGGUCAUAUUUUCUCACGAACAUUCUGGAUUGGUGUUUUCAGUUCUGUUAUUUAUCCUAUAUUUAAUAGCGUGUGGGGCGAGAAUGAUCUGCUUUCUAAAGACGAACACAGUUCAUUUCCCUCUACAUUCUCUCCACAUCCUAGUGGAGUUUCUUGGGAUGCUGAGACUUCAGCUAUGGCGGCACAGUGUCUGGUAGACCUAUUUGUCAGUUUUUUUACUGUCAUAAGGUCUCAACUAUCAAGUGUAGUGUCCUUACUUGCUAGUCUUAUAAGAAGUCCAGCUCAGGGUCCUACAGUAGCUGGAGUCGGCGCGUUGCUGCGGUUGGCAGACGAAUUGGGUGGCAGUUUCUCGGAAGAUGAGUGGAAGGAGAUUUUUUUGGCUGUGAAAGAAGCUGCUUCAUUGACAUUGUCUAGUUUCAUGAAAACACUGAGAACCAUGGAUGAUGUUCCAGAUGAGGAAACGUUGUCUGAUCAGGACUUUAGUAACGAAGAUGACGUGGACGAGGACAGCCUGCAAACUAUGUCUUAUGUUGUUGCAAGAACAAAGAGUCACAUCACCGUCCAGUUGCAGGUUGUUCAGGUAGUGACUGAUCUCUACCAAAAUAAUCAGCAAUCAUUGUUGGCAUCUCACGUCACUGUUAUCCUGGAGAUACUUUCAUCAAUCUCAUCACAUGCUCACCAGCUAAAUUCUGAUUUGAUACUGCAAAAGAAAAUGAGGAGAGCAUGCUCUACCUUGGAGCUCUCUGAACCUCCCAUGCUUCAUUUCGAAAAUGACACACACCAGAACUACCUGGACAUUCUUCAAGACCUACUGACAUACAACCCAGGAGUGUCUUUGGAGCUAAACAUAGAGUCUCAACUGAUUACAGUGUGUGUGCAAUUACUGAAGAUGUACCUGAAGUGCACGUUGUUUCAGGGUUCAGAGUUGGAAGAAACCAGGCAGCCUAAAAACUGGAUUCUACCCAUGGGAGCAACAUCGAAGGAAGAAGCAGCAGCAAGAUCUCCACUAGUGGUUGCAGUGCUGAAGGCACUGAUGGAACUGAAAAGAGAUUCAUUCAAGAGGUAUGCACCAACUUUCUUCCCAUUGUUAGUGGAGCUUGUGCGGAGUGAGCACAGCUCUUCACAAGUCCCACAAGUCUUAAGCACCGUGUUCCAUACAUGUAUGGGUCCAAUGAUGGAUGAAUAGAAUAGGAUGGUUGUAAGUGCAUUGAAGUUUGACAUUCGAGCACCUAAAGGAUAGGUUACGAGCAGACACAAAUCACUCUUUUCUU